ACUCAUCAUAUAAGCUCGUUCUCAAUUAGCUUAAUCAAAUCAUUCUUUCUUUCUCAUAUUUUCUUAGCUAGUCACUCUUCAAGUUCGAAAAGUAACGAAUAAAAUGGGGUCUGCCGUAUUUGGAAGUGCAGUGACAAUGGCAAUGUUGAGGGAGAUGCCUGAAUACAAAAGCAUUAACUCAAUCGGCCAGAAAGACUUGGCAAAGGUUGCACUCGAGAAGGUGAACGCGGAAGGCAAGGCCGAGGCUGCUCGUAACUUUGUGGAGAAGCUGCAGUCUCGAUUUCGGGCCGAUUACGUGAGCACAAUGUGUCUGAUGUACAACGCAACCGGUGAUAAUAUGACUUACGUUGUCACUCAUGACUGGCAUGGACGUCUUUGCGAAUCUGCUUACCCAGUGAUCAUCGCGAAUGGCCAAUGGGGUGCAUUCCUCCAUGGACAAUACUAUGGUAACGAUGAUAGAGAAUCUAGAGCUGGAAUUGUUUACUCUGCUCUCAACAAUCAAGGGGAAGAACGACAUUGGUUCCUGGGUUUUGAUAGUACCUUGGGUUCCUAUAACCAGGUGUAUGCAGAAAUUCGAGAGGCAGGGCACUAUGAUUUGAAGAACAGUGGAGUUUGGUAUGCUGUCAACAACUUUUUGAGUGAUGGGAAAUUGGUGCACAAGGCCAAUGAGCAAGGAGGAUUCAUUAGUAGCUCCAUUGGUAAUACUGCAAAACCCGUAUUCGAAGCCAUUUUAACACUGCCUGAAUCCUUGAUUGAGCAUUCAAGGCCUACUAAUUUGACUCUGGAUUUGCAAGAGUUGAGUGUGUGAUGUGAUAAGCUUUGUGCCCAAUUUCUUUGUAAGCUCUCGGUUAAACUGCUUGGGAUUUUAUUUAUUUAUGUUUGUUCAACACUUCAACCGGUGAACUCCCAAUUAUGUACUGCAAAAUUGUUUUCUAUUCAGUAUCAAUAAAAUUAAAAGUUUAUUUUCUGUUAAUUAAGUAGUUAGAAUUUAGAAAUUUGCUUCCAUGAAAAAAAAAAAGAAAAAAUUUGUUACAAUAGGCCCCAAA